AAAAUAAAAUUGGUAGAGAGAAAAAUGGAGAGAAUAACCAUUAAUUCCGCAUGUAACAAUUUGACCUUACUCCACUUAUUAUAAUCGAAGACUCCCGUUGAUUGAAUUUUCAAAUUUUUUUUUGGAGUAUCCACUCCCUCUGCCGAACGCCUAGACUGACAGACACACUCACACAUUUGGGCGGGAAAGUCAAUACCCGACAGAAUCGGCGGCGGGUUUCAGUAACCAAUGGCUGGGCGCAGCGUCACCGUCCUUAACGUGGCGGAGAAGCCGUCGGUAGCGAAAGCGGUGGCCGCCAUACUUUCAAGGAACCCAGGAGGCCUUCGAGUGAGAGACGGUCGUUCUCGUUACAACAAGAUCUUCGAGUUCGACUACACCAUUCGCGACCAACCCUGUAAAAUGCUCUUCACCUCCGUCAUUGGCCAUCUCAUGGAGCUAGAGUUCGAUACGCGUUACCGCAAAUGGCACUCUUGCGAUCCCGCCGAUCUCUUCCAGGCUCCUGUCCAUAAAACGGUUCCCGAGGACAAAAAGGAUAUUAAGAGGACACUAGAGGAAGAAGCUAGGCGGUGUCAGUGGCUUGUUUUGUGGCUCGAUUGCGACAGGGAAGGUGAGAAUAUUGCGUUUGAAGUUGUAGACGUAUGUACUGCGGUAAAUCCUCAUCUCACUAUCAAGAGGGCUCGAUUUUCGGCAUUGAUCCCCAGCGAAAUCUUUCAGUCCGUGCAAAAUCUUGUCGAGCCAAAUAAGUGGUUUGCUGAUGCCGUGGAUGCUAGGCAGGAAAUUGAUCUUCGUAUAGGCGCUUCAUUCACCAGAUUUCAGACCAUGUUAAUGAAAGAUGCUUUUAACAUAGAUACUGUUACAGAUGGCAGAAAUACUGUCUUAAGUUACGGCCCUUGCCAGUUUCCUACGCUUGGAUUUGUUGUGGAAAGAUAUUGGGAGAUUCAAGCACAUGAACCAGAAGAAUUUUGGUCAAUUAAUUGCUCUCAUAGAUCAGAUGAAGGCACUGCUAAUUUCAGUUGGGGACGUGGGCAUUUGUUUGAUUAUACAUGUGCUGUCAUAAUAUAUGAGAUGUGCGUCGAGGAACCAACUGCAACGGUGACAAACGUUAGGCAACAAGAGAAGCUUAAGUAUCCUCCCCAUCCUCUGAGUACUAUUGAGCUUGAGAAACGGGCUUCACGAUACUUUCGGAUGAGCUCUGAGCAUACAAUGAAGGUGGCAGAAGAACUUUACCAAGGUGGUUUCAUUAGUUAUCCUCGUACUGAAACUGAUAAUUUUUCUUCAAGGACUGAUUUGCGUGCAAUUGUUCAAGAACAACAAGGACAUCCUGAAUGGGGAACAUAUGCUCAACGGUUGUUAGACCCUGAGACUGGACUUUGGAGAAACCCUAGAGGUGGUGGACAUGACGACAAGGCCCAUCCCCCCAUUCAUCCGACUAAAUUUUCUGCUGGAGAAUCAGGAUGGAGCCAAAACCACCGUAAUAUAUAUGAGUUGGUUGUUCGCCACUAUCUGGCAUGUGUCUCAAAGGCGGCCGUAGGAGCUGAAACCACAGUGGAAAUUGAUAUUGCUGGUGAACUGUUUUCUGCAUGUGGGAGGGUAAUUCUAGAGAAAAACUACUUGGAUGUCUAUCGCUUUGAAUCUUGGGGUGGAUCAGUGAUUCCAACAUAUACUAUUGACCAACAGUUCAUUCCAACAACAUUGACCCUUGAUCCAGGAGUAACCAGACCACCUCCUCUUCUUAGUGAAGCAGAUUUGCUGAGUUGUAUGGACAAGGAGGGCAUUGGUACGGAUGCUACAAUGCAUGAUCACAUCAAGAAGCUGCUUGAACGAUUUUAUGCAACUAAGGAUGCUAACAUGCGUUUCACACCAACUAAUUUGGGCGAGGCACUUGUUAUGGGAUAUGAUGACAUGGGGUAUAAACUAUGGAAACCAUAUCUAAGAGCAGUUAUGGAACGCGACAUGAAAUUGGUCAGUGAAGGGAAUAAAAGCAAAGGUGAAGUCCUGGAUACUAGCUUGCAGCAGAUGAAAGAUUGUUUCUUAGAUGCAAGAUUAAAUAAAGUGAAACUUUUAGAAGCCAUGGCAAUAUUUUUCGAAAGAUCAAAUAGAGUUGGCAGCGAGCAUCAAAAUACAACUGUGGAAGUUGUUCGGCGGUGUGGACUUUGCCAAGAAUCAGAUAUGGCGCUAAAGAAAAAUCGAGAUGGCAAAUUUAUGGUUGGAUGCUUGGGUUAUCCUCAGUGUAGAAGUGUUGUCUGGCUCCCUGGAUCAAUAUCAGAAGCGGUCGUGACCACCAAUACUUGCAACAAUUGCACUCCUGGUCCUGUUUUCUUAAUUCAAUUCAAGUUUCGGCAGCUGGAAAUACCACCGAGCUACAAUGUCAACCAUUUGGGUUGCAUUGGUGGCUGUGAUGAGAUUCUUACACAGUUGACGGAAAUAUGUGGCACUGGCUCUCGCAUGCCAGCAAGAGCUCGAGGACCUACUCCAGCAACCGGAAACAACCAUCAUACCAACCCAAGGCAAUCAGCUUGUUUGCACUGUCAAGAAACAGGGCACUCUUCUAAUGAUUGUCCUUCACAGACUCGACGCUCCAGGAAUGCUCAACAGCCUGGAAUGGACCAACAAAGUGGAGAAUCUUCUGUUUCAUGCAGCUCAUGUGGAGCACCAGGUGUUUUGCGAACUGCAAAUACAGCAAAUAACAGGGGCAGGAAGUUCUACACAUGUCAAUCACAGGAGUGCAGCUUCUUUGUAUGGGAGGAUAGCAUUAACAAUGGCAGUGGAGGAAGAGGCUCUACACGUUCAAAUAAUGUUUCAACAUCCACCCGUGGUCGAAAUGGCGGCCGUGGACCUCGUGGUAGGGGUCGGAGUGGAUCUAAUUCUUCUGGUGGGACAUUUGUGACAGCCACUGGGGAUCCUAUUUCUGGCAGAAGGUGCUUUACCUGUGGUGAUCCAUCCCACUUUGCUAACGUCUGCCCCAAUCGUGGAAACUGAUGCCUUACUGAUUCUCAUUAACCAGAAGGAAGUUUUGGUGGGAGAUCCAGAACCUUUAUUUUACAUGCGUUUAAGAAGCAUGGAUACAGGAAUUAUGUUGAAUAUAGCGCGUACUACGAUACUCUAUUGGUUCUAAUAUGCAGAUGUUAAAUUUUAUUCAUCCGAUCAUUGUUCGUUUGGCAUAAAGGAACUUAUAGAAUUUGCUUAUUGAAAACCAUGAAGCAUUAAAGAGUCAUUUUCAAUUUGAUAUUUUUAGGGUACCCAUCACUUGUGGGAUACAUGUAUGCCCUGAAGCCAUUUGAUAGGGUUAGUGAUAUAUCAAGUGAUUCCUGUUGUCAUAUGUAAACUUUAAAAUAUUACGUCCCUUUUGUCUGCAAAACUAUUUUUUUAUAAAAAUUGUUUGUUUUACUUUAUUAGCAAGGUAAUAAAAACUGGAUCGGACCGGCCGGUUGAAUAAACAAAAAUUUGUGUAUCUUAGACUUUGAUGAAUUCUUGAUUGAUUUAUGUUUUAUAUCCAUCAAAAAAUAUAAAUGGAUCUAGCAUAUACAGGUUGGCCAUUUAAUUUUGAUUGAUGUUUUAUAUCCAUAAAAAAAUAUAAAUUGAUCU